UCGACUAGAAACACAGAAGAAAACUCAACGGCUCCUGUCACACUGAGCUGCAAAAGUUGUCGAAAAGAACACUUUAUUUUACAGGGUUCAAAGGGGAAAAAAGCACAUUUAAAUAAAAACCGACAUGGCGCUCACCGACGCUGACGUCCAGAAACAGAUAAAGCACAUGAUGGCCUUCAUCGAGCAAGAGGCGAGUGAGAAAGUGGAGGAAAUUGAUGCUAAGGCGGAGGAGGAGUUUAACAUUGAGAAAGGCCGUCUGGUGCAGACUCAGAGGGUGAAAAUCAUGGAGUAUUACGAGAAGAAGGAGAAGCAGAUUGAACAACAUAAGAAAAUCCAGAUGUCCAACCUGAUGAACCAAGCGAGGCUGAAGGUGCUGAAGGCCCGAGACGACAUGAUUACGGAUCUGUUAAAUGAGGCCCGUGUCAGACUUGCAGAAAUCGCUAAGGACCCUGCUCAGUACUCCAAACUGUUGGAAGGUCUGGUGCUUCAGGGAUUCUACCAGCUGCUGGAACCAAAAGUCACCGUUCGCUGCCGACAGCAGGAUGUAGAAAUGGUUCAGGCUGCAGUUGAUAAGAGCAUUCCUAUUUACAAAGAGGCCGUUAAAAGUAACAUCAUCGUUAGAAUCGACCAGGAACGUUUUCUUCCUUCUGGCAUCUGUGGAGGUGUUGAAGUUUAUAACGAUAAUGGGAAGAUCAAGGUUUCCAACACUCUGGAGAGCAGGCUAGAACUCAUGGCACAGCAGAUGAUGCCUGAAAUUAGAGAGAACUUGUUUGGCGCCAACCCCAACCGCAAGUUCACGGAUUAACGGUGGAUCUGAGGAGAGCAGAGGAGACUCAGGUGGAAUGUCUAAGGUGACCACAGACCAUCUCCACAGGGAGAAAGAGUCUGCAGAAGCUCCUGUCACAGUCAGAGAAACCUUGAUAGGAUGUGAUGGACAUAUUCUCUCUUUUAUACUCUGAUGGACUGGGUAAUAAUUCAACACUUUUAAUUAAGUUUAAAUGUGCUCUUUUUCAUCUCUCCUGGGGUUUGCCUAAAGGACUGCUUUAUGUUGAAAGGGGAAUAUGUUUUCCUUCAAGCUGCAUCAUUACAUCACCAAAGAUAUUCACACAUACUUUGUCUACAUUUUUAUAGACGACAGCUUACAAGGUAUGGAGUCACAGGAGUGCCAUAAUAAAAGAUCCAGCUGUUAAAAAAUAAAGAAAUAAAUGUGUAAAUAUAAAAGGAAUAAAUAAAAAAUAAUAAAUAAAUAAAUCUGUGAAAAUAAUAAGGAAAUGUGCAAAUAUAAAGAGGAAUAAAUAAAAGAAUAAAUAUAUUUUAACAUAGCAAAAUAAAUGUGUAAAUAUGAAGAGGAAUAAAUAAAAAAAUAAUUAACGUGUAAAUAUAAAGGGAAAAACAAAGGGAAAAGCAAAGACAAAAUUUACCUUUAUAUUUCCAUAUUUUUUAACUAUUUUUUUAUUUUUGCCUCUAUACACAUUUAUUUCCUUAUUUUUAACAGAUACAUUUUUUAUUCUUUUUUAUUCUUGUUGAUAUUUACACAUUUAUUUCCUUAUUUUUAAGACAUUUAUUUUUUAUUAAUUCUUUUUUUAUUCUUCUUUAUAGUUACACAAAUAUUUCCUUAUUUUUUUAACAGAUUUAUAAUGGCACUCCUGUGAUUCCGUACUAAUGAGGCUGACAGUAUAACAAGCAUGACUUUUGCUUGUUAUGAGUGUGUGUUUAGGGUGUGGAUGGGGAUGCAAUUAACACAUUAAGAACCAAAUAAAAUAAACGUAUAAGACACACGGAAA